AUGCUCUGCUGCGAAGGACGAAAGCCUAGCACCUUUUCACGCAACACUUUUACUCGAAAUGGAAGUAAACUAAACAAUUAUGAAACAAGAGAUUCCUCAAAACACAACUUUUCUUCGCAUAGCCUGAAUUUGUCCGAAUCAACUGCAGCCACGUUUCUGGGCACCGGCACCGAAAGAGAGGUCUCGUGGACCGAGUCGCUGGUCAGUCCAAAGCAGCAGACCAAGACGCCUGAGCCACCCGCCUCCAAAUCGUCUUGUCAUGAGCCCGGUCGACACGAAUCGUUUCAUCAUAUAUUUUCAUAG